AUGAUCAGGAGUGCUUUCAAACGGCUGCUGGUCAAGCCAAAUCUUAAUCUAAACACUAGCAAGCAGCUCAUUAGCAUCAGGAAACCAACGCGCUUAGGCACAGACCAAGGAAUAAACUUCCAACAACUCGAUUGGCAUAACAAGAUCAAGCAAGAAAUAAGCCAUGUUUCUACGGAUGUCAUGGAAUAUACAAAUGACAAGUUGUCCAUAAAUGAGGCUGACGGUUUCGAGGAUAGUAGGAAACUGGUUCAUGCGAAUCGUCAGCUAGACGGUGUCAGAUGGGUCAAUGUUGAAGGCAGGAACUUACAUCUAUUGCGCGAGCUCGCUUUGAAGUACCAGCUUCAUCCUUUGUCCAUUGAGGAUACGUUAUAUGGUGAUUGUGCGACACGACCUAAGGCUGAAUAUUUUAGCAAUGCGCUGUUCGUUACCCUACCUUUACAUAGCUUGGGUGAUACAAAUGGCAACGAACCUACUCAUAUGCAAAAGCUUUUCGACAAUGCUCGCAAAGCUUCAAAGAAGCCAGAAAUUUUUAACGACAAGGGUGAAGUGAGGAUUGAUGUACAGCUUUUGUCCUUGUUCUUGCUGAGAGAUGGAACUAUCAUUAGUAUCUUUGAAAGACCACAGCCAAACGUGCUAGAGCCAGCUAUCGCGAGAGUUAGACAGGAGGGAACAGUCGUUCGAGACUCAGCUGAUGCAUCAAUGUUACUCCAAGCUUUACUCGACGUCGCGGUCGAUCAUGCAAUCAGUGUUGUCGGCGCGCUGGAGAAAAAACUACUUCUGCUUGAUCAGCAAGUCUUAGAAGUACCGACAAUGGAGACUAUCAGAUCGCUGCACAGACUACGCGGUCAGUUCUUGGAGUUGAAACGCACAUUGACACCACUUCACAAUUUGAUUUACACGUUGAAAGAUUUAGACGGACAGAAAGCUGCCUUCACCACUGGUCAGCCUGGGAAUCCAUCAGAAGGGUUUAUGAGCUUACAAGCUAGGACAUAUCUACAAGAUGUAGCAGACCACGUAGACUGGAUACUCUCAGCAUUAGACAUGUUUUCGUCUCUUUCGGAGAACCUCGUAUCGCUCAGCUUCAACAGCAGCAGUUUCAAGCUGAAUGAAACGAUAAAAACGUUGACGGUGUUUAGUGUGAUUUGUAUGCCACUCUCACUCAUUUCAAGCUACUUUGGGAUGAACUUUGAAAAGUUCCCAUCGCUAGCAAACGAUGUCAAUUACUUCUGGAAGCUGGCUGUUCUCACAUGCGUUGUGACCACAGUCGGGAUCUAUGCCCCGCAGCUCAAAUCCAAGAUGAUUGCGCGUAGACUGAUGCGCAAUAGAUCGCUGAUGCUAAGAGCUAAUCAUAAUGACAUGUAG